GAGCUUUCAGUUGAUUUCCGGCAGCGGCGCGUUGAACUUUGCAAUUCUAAACAUAAUUGACUAGUAAACCAGGUUAUUCGGUGCAAAAUAAAGCAAAAUCAGUUUAACGAUACAAUUUUCAGGAUCAACGAAUUGCAAAUUAAAUUGUGUGAAGCAGCAAUAAAAAAGGAUUCACAACGAUUUCGAACUAAAUUAUUAAUAUUGUGCACUUACCGACAAAGUGUUGGCGAAAAACUGAAAAGAGACAAGCAAAUAAGUGUUAAUUAUUAAAAACUUAAUUUAAAAAAUAUAAACGAAAAUAUAAAUUUUUUGGUUUGAAUAAUAAUAAUAAUACUGCGAGAAAUGAGUCCACAAUUAAGAACGAGUAUCACCGCUGCACUUUUGUUACUGAUUUGCCACUUGACUGCAGCGCAAGUACCCUUCCCACGCAGCUGUCCCGAAGUCAAGGUGCCUUCGGACUUUGACGCCGAUGCUUACAUGGGCACUUGGUAUGAGUACGCCAAAUAUCCGCACAUCUUUGAGAUCGCUAAGCGCUGUAUGUUUGCGCGUUACACCAACAAAGGCAACAAUACAAUCGGUGUGGUAAAUACAUCGAUUAAUACGAUCACUGGCCACACCACAAAUACGACGGGAGUCGCUCGUAUGCUUGCACCAUCCCAGAUAAAUGUGCUCUUCAGCAAAUAUCCAAACGCCGUUGAUAUACCGAAUUACAUUGUGCUGGGCACUGAUUACAAAUCAUACAGUGUGGUCUACAGUUGCACUAAUCUCACCUCUUUUGCGCAUACAAAACUGCUUUGGAUCAUGACUCGCGAACGCAAGCCCUCCGCCGAAGCCAUCAGUACAGCGAAGAAAAUCAUGGAUGAUAACAAUUUGCCACAAUCAUUCCUGCUGAUCGCUGAUCAGGAGAAUUGCCCCGAUGUGGCUUCCGGCUAUGGCACGACCAUUAGUUUCGGUGAUAACACCAACAAUAACAACAACAAUGCUAAUAAAAUUAACAAAACUCCUAGCAAUGCUGUAGAUGAUAGCGUAAUUUUGAAAAGGAUUGCUGCCGCAGCCACAAGUACCGCUAACCCGACCACAGCCGAGUUUGAGCUUGUGGACACCACAGCAGAGACGGCGGCUAAUGUCAUUGAAUUGGCAUGAGAGUUGUUUAGGCGCAUUUGGCAGCGCAUCAUGGAUAUAUUGUCAUGGUUUUUUGCUUUGCCGUGAUUGAUUGAGCUUGAGCAUUGAGCUCACAUAUUUACUUAUUUACAUACACAUACAUAUUUACCAUUCCUAACGUACAGUGUUUUUAGACGCCGUUAGGUGUCUGCUUUCCAUGCAAGUCUCACUUAUGUUGUGAAACUUUUAUGCGAGUAUUAUAUAGUUCGUAGUUGGUAGAGUUAAGUACAAAUAUGUUGGUCACUAAUAAAAAUAUUUGAAAUUA